UCCUGCGUCCCCAUCCCCGUCCCCGAGAGGGCGGCGCGCCCUCUCCGCCAGCGCCUCCCGCGAUCGCCUCGCUCCCGGGAACCCUGCGGCUCCGGGGAUCGUGGUGCCUCGGAGGAGGUAGCCAGAGGGGCCCUGGGGGCCCGGAGCAACCCCAGUCCUCGGACGCCGGACCGAGCCCGAACUGGACCCUCCGCCGCCCGGACCUGUUGGCCGCAGCCGUGCACCCAGGAUGCCUUCCGUUUGCUUGAAGCCCUCCAGAGUCUGGCUGGUGGUCUGCAAGUGUGGCAAUAGGGAUUUUGUUCAGUACAUUUAAGAAUUUGUUGUUGCUGCUGCUGCUGCUUUAAUUUAUUUUCCUUCGUUGAAUCGGACUGUGCCCUCUCCCCACCUGCAAGAUGGCCCAGUCCAAGGCCAACGGCUCACACUAUGCACUGACCGCCAUCGGCCUGGGGAUGCUGGUCCUCGGGGUCAUCAUGGCUAUGUGGAACCUGGUACCCGGUUUCGGCUCUGCCGAGAAGCCGACAGCGCAUGGAAGCAACAAGACCGAGAUUGGCAGUGGCAUUCUCAAGAGCAAGACCUUCUCCGUGGCCUACGUGCUGGUCGGGGCAGGGGUGAUGCUGCUGCUGCUGUCCAUCUGCCUCAGCAUCCGGGACAAGAGGAAACAGCGGCAAGGAGAGGAGAUGGCACAUAUCCAGCGUCAGCAGGGGGCCGAGCCCCGGGCCCAGGAGGAAGACAGCCAGGAAGAGGAAGAGGAAGAGGAUGUCUCCUCUAGGUACUACGUCCCCAGCUACGAGGAAGUGAUGAACACAAACUACUCAGAGGCCAGGGCCGUGGACCAGAACCCCAGGAUGAGCAUCUCUCUCCCCUCCUAUGAGUCCUUGACGGGGCUAGACGAGACGAGCCCCACCGCCACCACCACUACCACCACCAGAACCGAGGGGGAGACCAGCCGGGGGAACCCGCCCGACAGGCAGAACUCCAAGCUGGGCAAACGCCUGAAGCCGCUGAAAGUGCGAAGGAUUAAAUCUGAGAAGCUUCACCUCAAAGACUUUCGGAUCAACCUCCCAGAUAAAAAUGUCCCUCCCCCCUCCAUCGAGCCCCUGACUCCCCCGCCACAGUACGACGAAGUCCAGGACAAGGCCCCCGACAUACGGCCACCUGACUGACACCCCGUCCCCUCUCUGGCGUGUCCCCUCCUGUCAUUCUCCCUCCACACCACAGACCCCCAAGGAAGCCACUGCAGGCACGGCUGAGAAGCAGAGGGGCCCCGAGCGUAGUUAGCAGUUUGGAGGGGGUUUCCCACGGGGGCGGGGAGGAGGGUCUGUGAUACAAGAGUGACUCUGGUGCCCCUAGAA